AGAAAAUGUCAUGUGGCUCCAGCUACAGCCAACCAGGAGACAUCCUCCAACAGUAUUGAACAAAUCAAUGUUGCACCCAUCUCCAACUCCCAGAGUCUUAAAGGGCAGCAGGACUGGCUUGGGUUUCCAAACCCAGCUCAAACCUGUUACAUGAACUCCAGCCUGCAGAGCUUGCUCACACUGACGGACUUCAUCACGUCAAGACGUCAGCAGCCAGGAGGAGGUGUGGUGUUCACUGCAUGAGGCUGAACUGAUCAGAAAACUUAUAGACAUCUUGAGGUGCCACAAAUCCAUUGACUCCAGCCUCAAACUCAAGGCACUGAAAUCUUUCAAGAGGGCAGUCUCUAAACAGGCUCCAGAGUUCAAGGGUCACCACCAAAAAGACGCUCAUGAAUUCCUGACAACCAUCCUGAAUCAGAUCAGGAGUUUGUCCCCCCUACUGCAGGGAGUAGCUGCCUGUGAGGACAAAAGCUACACAUGCCCUGUUGAGGACCACUUGGUCUUUAGGAUGCAGAACACCAGGACCUGUAAAAGUUGUGGUGCCCAGUCUACCAGGCAGGAAGACUUCAGCAACCUGUCUCUGAAUCUUGCAGCUGGAGGUUCAGUCCAGCAGAUGCUCCAGGAUUACCUCAUGGAGACGGAGCUGGACUUCCAUUGUGAAUGCGGGGGCAACAAAUCUGGCCAGCAGUCCACUUUUGCCACCCUGCCAAAAGUCUUGAUGCUUUAUCUGAAGCGUUUUCAAUUUACUCCGUUUCUCCAGCUGGAGAAGCUGAGUGACCCUAUUGACCUUUACAGGGAGCUGUUAGUGACCUCUGCCCAGGCUGACGGUUGGUACAGUCUGGCGAGCGUCAUCAGUCAUCUAGGCUCUGGAGGGAAUGAAGGACACUAUGUGAGUGACGGGAUGCACCCAGACACACAGCUGGACGACCCUGCUGACCUCUGGCUCACCUUUAAUGACACAAAGGUCACAGAGAGCACCGGGGCCGCCGUCUGCAAACAACGCCAGCGAACGGCCUACGUCCUGUUCUACCAGAGACGGGUAAGAGAACAAGACUAUCAACCAGACACCAGACUCUGAUGUUGUUUAAAUAUAGGCCACAAAAACCUUGUUGUUCAGACAUAUUGUUAUAUCCACCAGCUCUGUGCUGACUGACUAUUUCGUGUCUGUUCUCAGUUGUAAAGCAUCCAGAUGGUGGGACUUUGUGUCGCAGGCUCCAGAAGAUGAUCCAGCUGCAGUCCAAUAGUCACAAAUAUUUGUCCUAUCUUUAUUCACCACUGUUCUCCUUCACAGUUGUCCUUGACCUCAUCAAACAACAUGAGGUCAAGGACAACUGAGGGAGAAUUCACAAGGACUUAGGAAAAGGCAACCGUCGCGCUAGGAGAAUCUGACUGUACUUAAACUAGGCUAUGUAAUUAUACGACGUGAUAAACCGACAAUGUUCAGAAAAUGAUCGAGUAAAAGCGCGUCUUAGAUAUUUCUCCCUGUGCGUUCUUACCAUAUCUUUACAUGCAGGCUAAAUAAACAAGGACAACCCGCUGACAUAUGUUACUUGAAAUUAAAAUAUAAAAUACAGGCUACAGGUACAAAAGUCUGACCAAAUUACACCAAAUUUGUCACAUUAGGAAUGGCUGCUCACACUUAACUUUUACCAUGAAAAUAAUUGUUACAAUUCUGUAAAAUAGACAUAACGUGUUGGUCGUGUUUUCGUGACCAAAUGGUGCUUCGCUUUAAAGUUGCUCCUGCAAUUAAUAAUUGGACCCUAUGUUUUAAUACUUUUAACAAUUUUUAAUACUAAAACUACUAAUAAAAUGUAUUUAUUUAUUUAAUACUUUAUUUAUGUAGCAACUUUCAUAACAUACUAUGCAGCUCAAACUAAAUAACACUGGUAUUAAAAGCUAAAUAACAAUGCUGUAACAAUAAAAUAAAAUUCUAAAAAAUAAAAGUUAGAAUAUUAAUGUUAAUAAUAAAUAGGUGUGUUCAUAAAUAGAUAAGUUGAUAAUGAAACGAUUUUAAAAUAAAAAAUAAUAUUAAACCAAUAAAGUAUGUGAAAUAACAAAUUUGGAAUGGAAAGGGAAUUACUCAUAAGCAAAAUGAUAAAAAAAAUAUGUUUUGAUCUGCUUCCUAAAAUCUUCCAAAUCUCAACUUAGAUACCGUAUUUUCCUCAAUUUAAAAUAAAUAAAUAAAUAAAGACUAUUUGACCACAGCCCAAGUGAGCAGCCAUGGGAACUCCACAGGUAAGUGUGUUGUUUCCCUCCCUGUUGUCUUUCUGCAGGUGGCGGAUGGAGAUGGAGUUUCAGGAGGACCAGCAGCUCAUCUGGUGGCCUGAAGCAGCUUGCUCUCUGGGAAAUACUUAAAAUCAAUCAAUAAAAA